AUGGAUAGCGAAAGUAGUGAUAAUAACAGUGGUAGUAGUAAUGGUGGUGGUAGACACUCUAGUAGUCCUUGUGGUGCUUGCAAGUUUUUGAGAAGGAGAUGUGCACCAAGUUGUAUCUUUGCUCCAUAUUUUGAUACGGAGCAAGGUACAGCCCGCUUUGCGGCCGUGCAUAAAAUUCCUGCUAAUAGAAGGCUUGAUGCAGUCAUCACCAUUUGCUAUGAAGCUCAAUCAAGACUUAGAGAUCCUAUUUAUGGUUGUGUUGCUCACAUAUUUGCCCUCCAACAACAGGCGGCGAACUUGCAAGCAGAACUCUCUUACUUGCAUGGCCACCUUGCUCAAAUGGAGGUAUCCCACCCACCACCCACUCCUCCGCCGCAGCAGGCGGCGGCACCACCGGUUUUCUCAAUGGCUGACCUACCGGCCACCACCAUGGCGGCUGCAAUACCGGUGACCUAUGACUUGUCAUCACUUUUUGAGCCAAUGGGCCAAUCUUCAUGGGCCAUGCAACAGAGGGGCAUGGACCCACGUCACUUCAUGGGUGGUGGUGCUCCAUCAACCACAACCACUCAGUCUCCUCCAACAGCUCCUUCAAGCUCCAAUGCAUCACCAUCUCUAUCACUUUCUAAGUGAUCAAACCUCAAACAUCUUUUUUUCUUGCUUUAUAAACUAUCAUCUGAUAUUUCUCAUCCUUAUUCGGUUAAACUAGCUAGACUAGCAAUUAUUAUGAUGGGAUCUUAAAUUUUCAAACAUGUUUCAAUA